AUGGAACCUGAUAACCAAUCUCUGUACAACAUCUCUGAAAUUAAUGGUAGUGACUACCUUCUCGACACCACUAUCUGGUUUGAUUUAAGCACCGAGGAGCCAACACACUUCCCACUCCCAGGCAGAGCUUCCCUGAUUGAAUUCAUAAUACGCUUGAUAAUUCUGAUUAUCACCCUCUUCGGCAACACUUUAGUGCUGUACGCCUACGCCACAACGAAAAAUCUUCGUACAUACUCCAACUAUUACAUCGUGGGAUUGGCGGUGGCUGAUUUCUUCGCUGGGGGCGUCCUACCAAUUAUAACACUCUACCAUUCUUUUCUUGGUUACUGGCCCUUCACCGAGGUCGCCUGCACCUGCAUGAUCUUCAUCAAUCACGUUUUCCUCCAGGCCACUUUCUUGAUGACGGUGGUGAUUUGCUACGAUAGGUUUAAGGCUCUCAACAUGCCCCUCAAGCACUUGAAGGAAAAGACAAUACGUCACGCCUGUUUCCUGAUAUCCCUUGCCUACAUCAUCCCGGUACUGCUCUGGACGCCUGUCAUUGUGGUGUUCCCGUACGUCGGGCUGGCCACCCGGAUACGUCCCCCGCUGUGCACCGGUCCCUACGCGCUCCACCCUCCCCUACUAAUCUUCACAAUCGUGGUCCUAUCCUGGAUCCCGAUGCUGGUGACCUCUGUCCUCUACGCUUUCGUUUAUAGGACCAUCAUUCGUAAAGGGGUAAACAAGAAGCGAGGCAUCGGUGAGGAGGCAAGCUCCAACUAUAAAUCCGAGAAUCGGUCUUCAUCGCGGGCAGCGACCGACGAAACACCUGGCUUGAGCACCUAUCACCUGGCAUCUCACUCACAGACAACCUUUGAUACCGAGCCAGGUUCAUCCAACGAUCUAGUCUUCAGCGUCUCUGCUGGACUCUCCAAGGGCUUGACCAACUUGGCCUUCGAGCAAACCGUAGAUGAUAAUGAUGGAGACAACACCAAGGAUUAUCCAGAAACAACCAUCCGCCACAUUUCUCAGCAGACGGCAAUACCGUCGUCGAAACGAUCAGUGAAACACCCCGAUGAAACGUCGACGAAACGCCAUGUCGGCCUGGGCGCAUCAAAGCGUAAGACACGAGCCUCCACCAUAGGUUCCAAGCGGGAGAGUCGGUUGGCCAGUCUCCGUGCAACGCGCACCUUGACGUACAUCAUGCUCGCCAUGGUUGUAACGGCACUACCGUGGUCCAUCUUCGCGUUGUGGGCCGCCAUUGAUCCCUUCACUGUGCCUCUCAGGGGCCGUGCAUUCCCACCACUGGAUUUCCGAGGCGUUUAG